GGUCCGGGCGGAGGAGGCGGGAGCGCCCCGGCGGCGGAGGGAGCCAGAGCGGCGGUGGCAGCAGCAGUAGCAGGAGGAGUCUGUGCCCGGCCCCCCCCUCCGCUCAGUCCCGUUACAGCCCCCCUCCCUCCGCGCUCCGCUCCGCAGCCACCAACAUGUCGGCGCCGGCGGCCAAAGUCAGUAAGAAGGAGCUGAACUCCAACCACGAUGGGGCCGACGAGACCUCAGAAAAAGAGCAACAGGAAGCAAUUGAACACAUUGAUGAAGUACAGAAUGAAAUAGACAGACUGAAUGAACAAGCCAGUGAGGAAAUUUUGAAAGUAGAACAGAAAUACAACAAACUCCGCCAACCAUUCUUCCAGAAGAGGUCAGAAUUGAUCGCCAAAAUACCGAAUUUCUGGGUAACAACAUUUGUCAACCACCCACAAGUAUCUGCACUGCUGGGAGAAGAAGAUGAGGAAGCGCUGCAUUAUUUGACCAGAGUUGAGGUGACAGAAUUUGAAGACAUCAAAUCAGGUUACAGAAUAGAUUUUUAUUUUGAUGAGAAUCCAUACUUUGAAAAUAAAGUUCUCUCCAAAGAGUUUCACCUCAAUGAAAGUGGAGACCCAUCUUCAAAAUCAACUGAGAUCAAAUGGAAAUCUGGGAAGGAUCUGACAAAACGUUCAAGCCAGACACAGAACAAAGCCAGUAGGAAGAGGCAGCAUGAAGAGCCAGAAAGUUUCUUUACCUGGUUCACUGACCACUCCGAUGCAGGGGCUGAUGAACUAGGAGAAGUCAUCAAGGAUGACAUCUGGCCAAAUCCAUUACAGUACUACUUGGUUCCUGAUAUGGAUGACGAAGAAGGGGAGGGAGAGGAGGAUGAUGAUGAUGAUGAAGAGGAAGAAGGAUUGGAGGAUAUUGACGAAGAAGGAGAUGAAGAUGAGGGGGAGGAAGAUGAAGAUGAUGAUGAGGGAGAGGAAGGAGAGGAGGAUGAAGGAGAAGAUGACUAAUUGAACACUGAUGGAUUCCAAACCCCCUUUUUACCUUUUUAAUUUUUCUCCAGUCCCUGGGAGCAAGUUGCUGUCUUUUUUUUCUUGUGCUCAGUCGCCUUGUUCUCUUGAGGUCUCUUUUUCUCUCCUCUACACCAUGGUUCACAAUUUAUUUUGGGGGAAAUACCUUGAGCAGAAUACAGUGGAAAAGAAUCUACCAGUUUCUGUUUCAAGUUCAUUUUUAUCCCUUUCUGUCUCAAAACAAAAACUGUUUAUGGAAUCAACACACCAUGUUCUGUGGGAAAAAAGAAAACCUUCUGCUCCCUUCACUCUGCUGGAAGCUGAAGAGUGCUAGGCCCCUGUGUAGUAGUGCAUAGAAUCUAGCUUUUUUCCUUCUUUCUCUGUAUAUUGGGCUCAGAGAUUACACUGUGUCUCUAUGUGAAUAUGGACAGUUAGCAUUUACCAACAUGUAUCUGUCUACUUUCUCUUGUUUAAAAAAAAGAAAAAACUAAAAAAAAAAAAAUAAAAUGGGGUUAUAGAAGGUCAGCCGGGGUGGGUUUCAGAUGUUUGGGUGGGUUAAGUGGGCAUUUUGACAACAUGGCUUCUUCUCCUUUGGCAUGUUUAAUUGUGAUGUUUAACAAACAUCCUUGCAGUUUAAGAUGACACUUUUAAAAUAAAAUCUUCUCCUAAUGAUGACUUUGAGCCCUGCCACUUGAUGGAGAAUCAGCAGAACCUGUAGGAUCUUAUUUGGAAUUGACAUUCUCUAUUGUAAUUUUGUUCUUGUUUAUUUUUAAAUUCUUUUUUUUUUUGUUUCACUGGAAAGGAAAGAAAGAUGCUCAGUUUUAAACGUUAAAGUGUACAAGUUGCUUUGUUACAAUAAAACUAAAUGUGUACACAAAGGGACUGGUUGGUCUUCACUGAAAGAAACAGUUUUAAUAUCCUGUUUUGAACUUGCUUGUAGUUUCUUGGCAUUUUUGGGGGCGUUUGGUCAGUAUUUAUGUAGGGCAAUGCAACCUUGUGGUUGUGUGGACUGAUAAU